AUGUUGCAGGGACCAUCAGCGGUAGGGUCCUCUUCAGCCUCGGGGUCGAUCGCCGAAAAGACUGCGAGGCUUCCUCUUCCCGCUAUCGGCAGGACUCCGCCGACAACAUCCACACCAACACCCAAGUUACGCAGUUGUCUAGUUUGCCGCAAUCGCAAGGUCCGCUGUGACAAACAGUCACCUUGUUCUAAUUGCCGUCGCGCCAAUAUCGCCUGUGUGACACCGGCGACAGACCGCCCGCCAAGGUGGGCUCGUCGCCUCCAUCAACUCACCAACAAGGCCCCAGUGCUGAACGCUCCUACGACGCAGGACGCCAAUCCAGAUCUUGACAAGGUCAUGGAGAGGGUGCGGAAUCUGGAGCUGCUGGUCAAGGAACUCAGCUUUCAAUUGGAGCAGACUCAUGCAAGCUCGACUGCUGGGGACUUAUCUCAAGUCACCUCCCCCGAUAUCUCAACCCAGAAUCGUGGCUUAGGGCAUGAAGGGAUCCAAUUACCCACUACUGAUGCCAACAAGAAUCAAAAACAGUCUGGCCGCUUGGUGCUCCAGGAUGCCAGUCGUGGCCACUAUGUGAGCUCCGCCUUCUGGGUCCGGGUCGAUGACGAGCUCGAUGACCUAGAGAUAGACACUCGCGGCUCAGAAGCAUAUGACUCGGACAGUUCAUGGGAUGAUGCAUCUCCCGAAGGAGCGCUAUCCGCCCAGGAAACGGAGCGAACGCCUUCGGAACGACAUGCAUUCUUAUUUCGACACAAUCUGGCUCCCCCGACUCCUAAUCUCCACGAGCUGCGCCCCUUGCCAUCCCAGAUGCUGUUUAUCUUGGACACUUUCUCCCGGAAUGUGAAUGUCUUCAUGCAGAUCGUCCACAUCCCAAUCCUCACCAAGACGAUCUCUGGUCCAGGGGGUAUACGCCUGACUCACCUGACACCAUCCCUUGAUGCCUUGAUAUUCUCCAUCUCUUAUGCGACGGUUGCUUCCAUGGAGGAAGACGAUGUUAUGGCAAACUUUGGCGCUCCCAAAUUCGAGUUGAUUUCCAAGUACCGUCUCGGGACGGAGCACUGUUUAGCCCAAGCCGAGUUCCUGACCGUACCGAACCUGAUGCUGAUUCAGGCGUUUGGCCUCUUCCUAUGCCUCGCGCGACGACAUGACAGCCCGAGAUAUGUGUGGAUGAUGACGGGGCUCGUCAUCAGAAUGGCCCAGUACCUUGGCUUACAGCGAGACGGACUCCACUUCAGUCACCUGUCGCCUUUUGAGAUUGAGAUGCGUCGACGGAUCUGGUGGAUGCUGUGCCGGCUAGAUUUGAGAGCAUCAGAGGACCAAGGGACGGAUCUCAGCAUACCGAGCGGCAGUUUCGACACCAAAAUCCCUCUGAACAUCAAUAAUGCAGAUAUCCAACCCGAGACAAAAGAGAUGCCCGCCGAGCGCUAUGGCGUGACCGAUAUGUCAUUUCCACGCAUGUCUGCGGGAGCCGUCCACCUCAUGAGGCAAAUAGUGGCCUCUAUUGCUGGGGGAGGUGUGGCAAAUGCAGAGCGCCAGAGUCGUCUCGUGAGCGAGAUCUAUCAAAAUUUCGAACAGGAGUACUUCCAGCACACAUCUGAAAUAGGGAAUAUUGCCUACUGGGUCGCCGUCACCGUCGCGCGCAUGGUCAUGGCCAAGAUGACCCUCAUUGCCUUUCUCCCAGCGCUCUUUUCCACCUCCAGCGAGACCACCACUGCUGACGAAGUCUUGAGAACCAAGUUACUGGUCUCGGCAAUUGAGGUUGCAGAAUACAAUCAUGCGCUCAACGCCGAACCAGCAUGUCGCAACUGGCGCUGGCUGUACCAAAGCCACACCCAUUGGCAUGCCAUUGUCUACCUUCUACUUGAGACCUCCCGACGGCCUUGGUCGUCCACCGUCGAGAGGGCUUGGAUCGCGCUUCACAGCGAAUGGCUGAUUCCGGCUCAGGCCCUGACAGACGAGAACCUCCGCAUUUGGAUUCCGCUCCGAAAGCUGAUGAAUAAAGCCCGCAAGCAUCGCGACUCUGAGCUCCACAGACUGCGAGCCGAUCCGCAGGCCGCUGUAUUGCUGGAACUGGAAGACCGCAAGACUCCGGUCCCUACAAGUUCUGGACCAUUCCCUGCGGGAUCCAGUGUCGACGCCUUCCGUGAGCGAUGGCGCCAACUUGUCGAUUUUCCAGCGGAGGCUCCUGAGCGCAGACCCUUCCCCAGACACUCUAACACCAGCCACGUCGGAUCAGGAGCAAUUAAAACUUACAAAAACCCCUUGCCUGCCGGAUUGAUGCCUUCGGGUACCUCGGAGGUUUCCGAUUUCAACACCUCUAAUGAAACGACCUAUCUCGGAUCUGGAGCACAGGCUGAUAGGAACUUCAACACCGUCGAUGACAGAGGACCUGAAUCGUCAACCACAACGAACGUACCCGGGGCAUCUACCUCGGACCAGACUCCGGGUCGACCGUACAACGCCUUUCCGACAGGGGCGGAAGACUGGACGGACGGCCGCACCAUGGGCCCUGGCUUCCACGCCUGGCUCUGGGCGGACGCUGACCCGUCUGUCGACGUCUUCUCCAACUGGGACGUGGACUCCCUCGACGCGAACAUGGACCUGGGUGGUGAAGUGAACUGGUAUGCCUGGGUCGAAUCGGCCAAGGGGAUGGAGAGGGAAGCCAGGCCCGCCGCCGCCAACACUCAAUGGACAGAAAUCCCUCGAGAUCCCUAG